AUGGCCACUGUCAUCUCGACCAACACGGUCAUGAUCAUCAUAACCUGGACCACCAUGGCCACUGAAACCACCCUGGCCACUGAAACCACCCUGGCCACUACGUCAUCCACGAUCAUCGCGGUCGUCACGGAGGCAGUCGUGUUGGUCAAAGAUUGUGCGGCCAAAGCCAGAACGCAUGCUGUUGCGGGCACAGUCCGACUUGAGGAUAAGGACACGUUGCGUGUGGCCGUGCAUGCAGUGUUAGCUCAAGAACACACUAUUGCCUCAGCGUCUCGUGCUCACGACAUUCCCUUGCGCACACUCCGUGAACACGUGGCCAAUGCACGUAACGGCAACUCACAACCGGUGUCGAUGGGACCACCACCAGUCUUGCCACGGCCGUUCGAACUCGACUUGGUGGCCUGA